AUGGCUUCUCGUCUCACGAGCCAGACCACAUCCGAGCAGAAGAACGAUGAUGUUGAGAAGCAACACCGAGAAGUGCACUGGCGCAAGGCAUCACCGCCGGACAGUGCUGGCUUCAAAGAUCGCAUUGCGCAUUUCACUUGGCCAUGGUUUGCUUCUACCAUGUCGACCGGAGCGUUGGCAGUCGUGAUUGCGAACACACCCAACACAUUCACAGGCCUCCGUACCAUAGGCAAGAUAUUCGUCAUCGUCGACCUUGUCUUGUUCUUCCUCUUCACAAUUGCGAUGGGUCUACGAGCUUUCUGGUUCCCGAGGCGAUUCCUGGCUUCACUGUACCAUCCCGUUGAAGGACUCUUCUUUGGCUCGUAUUGGGUCUCGGUCUCCUUGAUCUUGAACUGCACGCAAGCAUAUGGCGUGCCCGCAUCAGGGCCAUGGCUACCAAAAGCUCUGCUGGUCCUCUUCUGGAUGUACUGCGCGAUCGUGCUACUAGUUGCGAUAGGACAGUACUUCGUCCUUUUCCAGGAGGAGAGGUUGAAGAUCACGGAUGCUGUCCCUGCUUGGAUCUUUCCGAUUUAUCCUCUUCUCGUCGUCGGUAGUAUGGCUGGUACGAUGAUUCCGAGUCAACCGCAGAAACAGGCGUUCAAUAUGUGGGUGGGAGCAGUCAUGCUACAGGGUCUCAGCUGGACAGUCGCACUUAUGAUGUACUCAAUGUACACCCAACGACUAAUGACGAGCGCUUUGCCCACACCAUCAACUCGUCCGGGCAUGUACGUUUCGGUCGGACCGGCUGGCUAUACUGCAGCUGGCCUGAUAUCACUAGGCAAAAGAGCACCGAGCGUGUUACCGAGUGAUACGUUCAACACAAACAAUCUCGACGAUGGUUCCUUCGUCAAGAUCCUGGGCAUUAUGGCGGGCACCUUCAUCAUCAUCUUCGCAUUCUGGUUCUUCUGCAUCUCGACUGUCUCAGUGGUCGCCGGUAUCAGAAAAAUGUCCUUCACGCUGAACUGGUGGGCUUUCAUCUUCCCGAACGCCGGCCUGACUUUGGCUGCGAUACAACUUGGCGAUGCGUACUCUAGUCCUGCGAUAAACGGAAUCAGCAGUGCUCUGACGAUAAUGUUGGUGAUAAUGUGGCUGUUCACGACUGUUUCGCAUGCCCGAGCAUGGAUUCAGGGCAAGAUCAUGUGGCCUGGUAAAGACGAGGACAAAGAUAUGCCAAUGGGUUGGGGCAAGUAUUCAGCAUAG